GCGACAGAGCUUACAACUUCAACUUUAUUAUCUCCUGCCCAAAUAACAAUAAGUGUAAGUGGUGGUGCCAAGAAGGCCAACAGUACUAUACGCAGCGAAGAAGAUCUUGAUGGCUUUACCGAAGAACCUUUCAUGCCUCCAUGUGGAAACUUCAACAUGCCACUUUUCAGGACCUCUGUGGCCACAGGUGGGAACACGACUGCAGG